AUGGCUCUCCAGACACAAAAAGACUACGACGCCCUAUACAAGAGGCUCACCACAGUCCCUCCCCCCGGAAAACCCUACGGUAUUCCCGUCCCCGGCACAGAACGACUUAACCGCACCGCCGCCUACCGACACUGGGCAGUCGGCGAUGGUCCUCUCGUCACAGCGCUAGAGCCUGGUAUCAAUUCGACACACGACGUCCUUGAGAGGAGUGCGCGCAAGUGGCCCAACUCGAGAUGUCUCGGAACCCGCCAUUGGAACCAGGCGACUCAGCAGUGGGAGGACAAGUACGACUGGAUCAACUACGGUGAUUUCGACGUCCGAAGGAAGAAUUUCGGUGCCGGUCUCGUUGAGAUUCACAAGGCCAUCAACUAUUCUCCUGAAAAGUACGGCGUCGGUUUGUGGUCGCAGAACAGGGCUGAGUGGCAGAUCGCCGACUUCGGUAUCGCUUCUCAAUCACUUUAUUCGGUAUCUCUCUACGAAACUCUUGGUCCCGACACAACAGAAUACAUCAUCAACCAUGCCGAGGUCGCCUGUGUUGUCUGCUCCCUCCCCCACAUCCCUGUUCUUCUUAAGAUGUCUCCCCGGCUACCCGGUCUGAAGCUCAUCGUUUCUCUCGAUCCGCUCGAGCAGGGUGAAUUGGCUUCUCACACCAAGGCCUCCGUUCUCAAUGAGAUUGCUUCUCAACAUGGCAUCCAGAUCUACUCCAUGACUCAGGUUGAGGAGAUUGGUGCUAAGUCUGGACGCGCCCCUCGUGCUCCCAGCCGCAAUGACAUCUGCACCAUCAACUACACCUCUGGUACAACUGGCAACCCCAAGGGUGUUCUCAUCACCCACGGAAAUGCUGUUUCUGCCAUCGCAGGCGGUCGAACAAAUGGCAAUGUGAGCAGCAAGGACGUCCACUUGUCCUAUCUACCUCUAGCCCACAUCUACGGACGACUCAUCGAUCAGAUCGCCGUCGCUGAGGGCGCUGCCAUUGGUUUCUUCCGAGGUGACAUUCUGGGCUUGGUUGAUGAUAUGAAGAUCCUCAAGCCCACUGGUUUCAUCUCAGUUCCUCGUCUCUUCAACCGCUUCAACUCUGCCAUUCGCACUGCUACUAUUGAAGCCGAUGGUGUCCGAGGCGCUCUCUCGCGACGUGUCAUUGACACCAAGAAGGCCAACAUGCGACUCCCUCCCGGAAAGGCCUCCAACACCCAUUUCUUGUACGACCGAAUCUGGACCCCCAAGGUCAAGGCCGCCGUGGGCAUGGACAGAGUCCACAGCAUGGUCAGCGGCAGUGCCCAGCUUGAUCCUGAUGUCCAAGAGUUCCUGCGCGCCGCUUUCGCGAACCACUUCGCUCAGGGUUUUGGCAUGACCGAGACGUAUGCCGUCGGAUCUAUCCAGGCACGCGGUGACUUUACUACCGGUAACAUCGGCGGCCCCAUGUGCUGUGUGGAACUCUGCCUCGAGUCGGUUCCCGAGUUUGAUUACACCGUGGAUGACAAGCCUAACCCUCGUGGUGAGCUUCUCCUUCGCGGUCCCGUCAUCUUCCGCGAGUACUACAAGAACGCCGAAGAGACCGAGAAGACCCUCGACGCCGAUGGUUGGUUCCACAGUGGUGACAUCUGCGAGGUUGACAAGAUGGGCCGCUUCAAGAUCAUCGACCGCAAGAAGAACGUUCUCAAGCUUGCUCAGGGUGAGUACAUCUCUCCUGAGCGCAUUGAGAACGUCUACAUGGGCAGCACCAACCUAAUCAACGCCGCCUAUGUUCACGGUGACGGUACUCAGUCCUCAUUGGUCGCCAUCUUUGGUAUCGACGUUGAGAACUUUGCUCCUUUCGCCAGCAAGAUUCUCCAGGAGACCAUCGCACCCAACCAGGUCGCCGAUCUCCGCAUCGCCGCUAACGACCCCAAGGUGAAAGCCAAGUUCCUCAAGGUCCUCGACGGCAUUGGCAAGAAGCACAAGUUCAACAGCUUCGAGAAGGUUCGCAAUGCCCACCUCGAAAUUGAUCCUUUUACAAUCGACAACGGUCUAUUUACCCCUACGCUUAAGCUUAAGCGCCCCCAGGCCGCCAAGGCCUACCGGGAGCAUAUCGACCGUAUGUAUGAGGAGCUUGCUGCUCAGGAGCCUGUUGGAAAGAACAAGCUGUAA